UGCCUUCACGAACACGCCAGCGCCGACUCCUCCCCGGCCCUUCGACGUGGCUUUUCCCCUCUCUCUCCGUUCGACAGUGUGCCCCCGUGUGGUUCUUCUCGGAUAAGGGAACUUCGUCCGGGAGACUCGCGCGCCAAUCGAUCCCUCGCGCCAAAGGAAAAGAUCACGUGACCCGCCAGGGAAAAAAAAGCGGAAAGUUACAUUUGGACGUUUCAAGUUUCCACAACACACAGGAUGUACAGUGCAAGCAAGGCGGCGACGACGUCGUGAGCGUCGCAGCCGAUUCCUCGCCGUCGCAGUAUGAGCUCCCGUCCAACGCCACGGUCGUCAACGGAGGCCCCAUCGUCACGGGCUUCAGCUGCGACGGCCUUAAGUAUGGAUACUACGCGGAUCUGAACAACGGGUGCAGAGUGUUCCAUAUCUGUUACCCUUACCUCGACGCUGAAGAGUUUCUGCGCACAAGGAUGUUUUCCUUCAUCUGCGGCCUCGGGACGGUGUUUAACCAGGUGACCCUCGUCUGCGACUUUCCCAACGACUCCAUCCCUUGCGAGGACUCUCCGAACUACUACGACUCGUCCAACGGGCAGUUCGGCCUCAGGGAUGUCAACUUUAACGAGUAACCAGCGCAAAAAGGCUAAAGUGUAGAGUCCUUGGCUUUAAGACGUGUGGGUGGUAGGCUUAGGCUAUAGCAGUAGUGGUUGGACCGUGGGUCGGGCGCACAGAGCGGCUGUAUGCCC